AUGACCAAUAUGGUUCACAUUGAUGAAAAGUGGUUUGACAUGACAAGAGUGAAGAAUAGUUACUAUGUACUUCCAGGAGAACCUGAGCCCAAGCGCACCAUGUCAAACACUCACAACAUUGGGAAGGUAAUGUUCCUAACAGCUGUGGCCAGGAAUCGAUAUAACAAUGAGGGGGAGCUAACAUUCGAUGGGAAGAUCGGCAUUUGGGUAUUCAUCGAAGAGACUGAGGCGGUGCGGACAAAUCAGAACAGAGCAAAGGGAACAAAAGUGUUGACAUUAGUGAAAGUAACCAGGCCUGUGUGCAGAGAUUAUCUCAUCAAUAAGGUUAUCCCAGCAAUUCAGGAUAAGUGGCCUGACGAUGAUGAGGGAGAAACAAUAUUCAUCCAACAGGAUAACGCAAAGCCUCAUGUCCUUCCCAAUGAUGUAGAUUUUCGAGAAGCUGUGGAACAAACUGAUCUUGACAUCCGAUUGCUACAACAGCCCCCAAAUAGUUCUGACUUCAAUUGUUUGGACCUCUGCUUCCAUAACUCUCUCCAGUCUCUAACUGACUGCAGGUCACCUACAAACAUCCAGGAACUGGUACAGGGUGUGGAAGAGAAAUUCGAGAAUUAUGAUCCCCACAAGUUGCACAGAAGCUUUAUCACAUUAGAAGCAGUUAUGUUUGAAGUUAUGAAAGACAAAGGAGGAAAUCAUAAGUUGCCACACUUGCACAAGGAUCGCUUUCAGAAUGCUGGCAUGGAAAUAAUCAGUGUAUAUUGCGACAGUUAG